AUGUUUUGUUGCAGCAACUCCCUGGAACGGCGCGACAUCCUGGGCAUCGAGCCCGAGGAGCUGGUCAAGAUGCGGCGCCGCUCCGCCGAGUUCUGUGCGCGCUUCAGCCGCAUCUACAUGUACCAGCUGCACAGACAGAUCCACGACGUGAAGCGCAACUCGGGCGCGUCGCUGCCGUUCGCGCGCCACACGCAGUUCCAGGCGCAGAUGGUGCGCAUCGCCUCGCUGCACCAGAACCUGCUGCAGGCCUUGCAGAUAUUCCACAAGUCGUUCGAGCAGACCGCCUGUAUCCACGAGAGCUCAGACAUGCUACGCUGCCUCUUGCAAGUGACGCGCGAAGUAUCCGCUGCAUGUCACGCCGUGCCCGCGCCGCGCCAUCUGCAGGCCGCGCGCGACCUGUAUACUGACGAGAUUCUGCCAUCGUGCGAGAAACUGGACGACGCUGUGAACGAGUACGCGGCUCGAAUGUCCAGCUACAUCAACAGCACCAACAACACCAAUACAUCUCGUUCCAAGCGGAGCAGCAGAACCAGUAGCAGGAAGAAGUCGAUUGGCACGUGGUCUAAGUCGGGAUCUAAAAUGAAGUCUGACGCUGAGUCCAGAUUGUCCAUGUAUUCUCUGGACACCCUUCGCAUAAACUUGCAUCCCAAAUCAUCCAGCUCAAAGGACAACCAAUCCAGCGGCACGUCGAAAGUGCGAGGCGGCGUGAGCUUCCGCGGCGGCAAGCAGGACAACAGCGCCCCCAACGCGCCGCAGAAGACGCCGAGAAAGUCGCCCAGAACAUCCCGGCGACCACUAAUGCGCGAUCCGCAAGGAACUCGCGGGCGACGACCACGCGACUCGGGCGCGGAUAUACGCACCAUGGUGGAAGCCGUCGAGGCGGUCAGUAUACUUGAGCUUAUAUGA